AUGUAUGAUGCAUCUGAAGAAUCUUUUAGAGUCGAUUAUUUCUUAUAUGUAGUUGAUCAAGCUCUUUUUUCGCUUAAGUGUAGGUUAACGAAGUUUCUCAAAGUUGAAAUUGAUAAAAUUUUACCUUCGAUCAACAAUGUCACAAGAAAAGUUGAAUGGAUUGGCGAUGGUGUUUAUUGA